AUGGAGACCGCGGUACAACCUCCUGCUUCCUACUCUGGGAGAGAUCCUUGUUUAGAGCAAGCGGGACCGAGCGGAUGCGCGAAGAAAAUCCCCAAGCGACCGCCACUGGACAACAGUGCCAACAACAAUAAUAACAACAAUAAUAAUAAUCGGAAGCGUCGAGGUUCUUUUGGAAAUGCUCACGACAAGUUCAAGAGACGGCGUCGAAAUGAUAUCGUGCUGCCGACGAAAUUCAUGUUGGGCGGUAACAUCACCGACCCCUUGAACCUGCGGAGUCUGGAAAAUGAAGAAGUCAAUCGCUUAGCGAAUCAAACGCCGGUAGCUUCUCCGGCGCCGGCUGCAGGUGGCGGCAGUGAGCGCGUCGAAGUGAUAAUUCCCCAAAAUAUCAACGAUCCGCUGAACCUGAACGGCACCGAGGUCAUCCGACCGCCACCUCAACCAGUCAAGAAAGAUCGGCGGAAUAAGCGGAGUAGACCGAACAACAGGCGUAGGCACCAAGAAGAUCCGCAAAAUCUCGAAGCAGCGCGGAAGUCGGACGGCGCCAACGAUGACAACGGUUGCAACACAGGCAGCGGGAACAGCAACAAUUAUACGAAUAACAGCAACAACAGCAGCAGCAGCAACAAUAACAACAACAACUGCAAGAAUCCUAGAAAGAACAGCAAGAAAUACCAAGCCCAAAGGUUCCGGUACGGAAACUAUAAUCGCUACUACGGAUACCGUAAUCCGGGCGAUAGCGAUAGUCGAUUGGCUCUGAUGAAGAAAAAAUGGUUCCUCGACAAAUCAUGUCUCGACAUCGGCUGCAACGUGGGCCACGUGACUCUGAAUAUCGCUAGAGAUCACGAACCGAAGCAAAUGAUCGGCCUGGACAUCGACCCGGAUCUCAUUCGUAUCGCUAAGAAGAACGUCCGUCACUACCUGCACCAGAAAGACACCGAAGGCAGAUGGUUCCCCGCCUCCUGCCCCAUGACUUUCGGUCCGAUCGCGAUCUCAGGAGCACAGGCUGGGUUUCCGCACAAUGUUUUCUUUAUCGCCGGCAACUACGUUCUGGAAAGCGACGAGAUGCUCGAGACUCAGAAAGAAGAAUUCGACACGAUCAUGUGUCUGUCCACCAGCAAGUGGAUGCAGCUGAAUUUCGGCGACUCCGGUAUCAAGCGGGUCUUCCAUCGGAUAUUCCGACAGCUCAAGCCGGGUGGUCGCUUCAUCCUUGAGCCCCAGCCUCUUUCCUCGUACUCGAAGUUAGGGACGCCAGACCAUCGGGAGAACUUCCGGAAAAUGAAGUUCAUGCCCGAUAUGUAUCCCGAUUUCCUCGUGAACGAGGUUGGAUUCGCCUCGUUUAAGGUCCUCGGUGUAGGGAGCCACGCCGCUAAGGGUUUUCGGAGACCGCUCUACCUUUUCCGGAAAGCCAAGGCUGUCGCCGCGGACGCAGCUCCCGACGCGGCUCCCGUCGCUGCUCCCGUUCCUGAAGAUCAGCAGCAGCAGCCUCCGGAGCCACCGGACCCCUCGCCCGCUCACGAGUGCGACACCACGACGGCUUCCAUAUGA